CCUGUUGCCCAACAGAACAGAGAAGGGAGGACAUAAAAGGGACAGACUGAGGGUCAGUGAGGCAGAGGAAGGAACAUGGAGCACCUCGGGAAGCUCCUGCUGUUGGCCAGUGUGGCCAUUCUCAUCCCUACACGGGUUUCAACUUGGUCUUUCCUAAGCUAUGAGAAGGUCCUCUCUCCGGUCAUUAACUUCUACAACUAUGGACAUGGGAGAGAGAAUGCAUUCUGGCUACUGCAAGUGCACUCUCCUCCUUCUGGUCAGACUCCCCAAGAGCAACCCCAGAAGUUUCUGAGUUUUACCUUGAAGGAAACUGUGUGCCCAGUGACUGUGGAGCUCCCCCUAAAAGGGUGUGACUUUAAAACGGAUGGGCUGGUGAAAGAAUGUCAAGUCUCAGCAUCCAUUGAACAGGACGUUGCUGCCAUUGCCCUCACCUGUGACCCAGAAGCCUCAGCAAAGAUCUUCAGAAGAUCCCGUAACAAAAAAAGGAGAAAGCCAUGGAAUGUUUUUAAUUUGCUUCAGACCAUAGUAUUUCCCCGAGGCAAGUAAAGAAGGCAAAUACCCCAUGGAUCUAGCUUAUCCUGACCUCUUGUAUCCCUCAGUCCAGCUAACAUAAGUCUUCUCCCUGGCAUUUUUACCUUAUUUUCUAAUUCACUCUUCCAGGGGAAAUAUAUAUAUAUAUAUAUAUGUAUAUGUAAUAGGGAUUGGCACACAGGCAAAACAUCUCAAAAGGGAUGUCCCCAUAACAAAGGGGAUGGAGAACCUGUUUCCUGGAGGUUUGUGAUGACUUGUGAUGUAAAUGCCUUAGAGUAUCUGUUGGAUGUAUAGACAUGUUGUUACCACUUGUGGGCUACCGAGUCAUGUGGUUCAAAGGAGCUUUUUUGAGUGACUUUGGGUUUGGAGCUGGGAAUAUCUUUCAAAGGCUUGACCAUCUUCCAUUUUUCUUCAAUCUCUCUCUCCCUUAGUUAAGCUAAGAUAUAUUACUCUCAAUAGGAAAGUUCAUUCAAUUUGUAUAUUGUCUGGUAUAUCCAAACCUGUCUCACUGCUCUGAUUUCUGUUUGCUGUUUGAUUGGAUAAAAAGAGCUUUUGAAAUUUGG